GGGGGCACUUUUCAACCGCCCCAUUUUCACCGCGGCUUCGCGCGUGAGUUGACGAAUCUAACUUUCGGAACGUGUGAGGAGUGAUUCGACUGUUUGGACACGCCAGAAUCGCUGAUCAGCUCCGAUGCAAGAUUAACCGAGGAACUAGACUGGAUUUCCUGUUUAGAGGAAGAUCAGCUGUAUGUUCCAAUUCAGAUUCAGACAGUUGAGUCAAAGAUGCUUACUCAGCGUAUGGCUCUUCACUUGCAAAUCGGUGAUCCCGUUGGGGAGGAACAAACCUUCUAAAUGCAUCAUUACUCAUCGUGUAGAUGCUACAAUCUACGACGCAUAUUACUACUCACUUUUCUACACCAUCGAGUCAAGCAAAUAUUUAUUGGAACUUCAAGAAAUUAAAAGUAAUUCUAUAAAAAGGCCACGAUGACAUGUUCUGGAUAACUUGUAGCUGACUUCUACAUCUCAAUGGUUAAGUGUUUUUUGAUUGAGAAGAAUCGACUGGGAGCACUCAAAGGUAGCCAAGAAACGUAAUCAUGCAUUCGUCUUCGUGUUCGAGUAAUCUCUAAUGCCGCAUGUGACAUGUCACUCUUUGAGCUCUAAAAUUUCCGUAGCUGAAUCCGGAUUAUCAUAAAGGGGCCAGACUUGCUAAUGCUCCCGUUUCAACACACCAAGUAGCCCGAUGCAGAAGAAUCAUGCAUGAACGAUGCGGAACCAUCGUUCCUUUAGAUCCCUUGCUCAUCGACGUUCAAAGGACCUCCACAAAUCUGACAUGCAGCAAGAAAUCUCUGAUUGAUAUAUAUUUCGACAAGAUAUCACAAAAUGAUAAUUGAGGAACACCUGCAUCGCCCACUUCAUCGCUACUUUUAUCCUUCUGCCCACUUUUUCUAGCAUUUCAUCCGUGUUGCAGUUGGCCAUCGCGGUCCCGAGUAGUGUAUCGUGUUGUGCUCACACUUCAGUUCGCACUGAACCCAUACCUAUGCUUUAGAGUGUAGGGUGUAAAUUUAUCCGUCAACUGAGAAAUAUGAUUGAAUUGGAACGCCUGGUAAUGCUUCAGGGAUCAUAACCUGAUUCCUUUGAUGAUGCAAUUUAGCAUUACAAGUGAAAUUCAGGUAGAGUUUUGUCGUCGUGAACGUCGUCCUUGAUGUAUCUGUAUGCACGGCCUGUGCUGCAUCUGCGGAGAGACGCACCGGUAAACACCUACUCUUCACCUACAAUCCCCCUAAGUCGGGGCCACAUAUGGAUGCAGCUUACUAUCUACACACACUAGAUAGGUAUGUACAGGGGUGGACGUGUACUGUGAUCCUACUCGACUAUAUUAUUAUCCUGCUGAACCUACUGCUGUCUCUCAGUGAAUUGGUAAACCUUCACCGUCCCCAAUUCAUACCUACUUCUUAUCACGCUAACGCCGCCGUCUUCACUUUUGACAGGUUUGCUAUAAAUUGUACAAGUCUAGGACUUACGGUGGGGCAACUGCGGCGGACUUUUCAUAUUUGAGAAUGACAUCGAAGGAAUGAAAACCUCAUUGCAUCAAAGCUCCUUGUCCAAAUCACAUAAAAAUAUGAUUCUAGGCACUUAAUGAUCCUUUGCGGUGUUCUCGAUCCAGGCUCUCUGUUAUGUGCCAUGUGAGGCAUAUGUUUGCAUGAUAUCAACAUAGCCUAGUGGGGCGGAUCUUGUAAAUCGGCUUGCUUUGAAUAUUGUGCAGGACUUCUGCUCCAACAGGUAUGAUUUCAAAGGAAAAGACUACUCGAUGAUAAGCAGGUCCUAUCUUAUCAGAUUCUGGAAUGCGCCCAACUGGUGGUUUGGUAAAGCUGUGACAAUAUGUCGAUGGGAAUUGAAGAGGGGUGGAAUGCGCGAAGCAUGAGAAUUAUGUGAUAGGAUGGGAUUUGACUGGAUCUGGGGGAAGUCACUGUUGGAAUCUGUUUCUGGAUCGGUUAGGAUCUGGGGCAGGGCGAACGGUUGACAGGAAGCGAGCGUGGGGGAGUUAGACGGAGAGGAGAGGGCAGCGGAGUAACUUAAAGUAGGCUGGCAAAGGGGAGCAUGUGCAAGCCAUGGCUUGGGCUAUUGGCAAUGCAGCUGGUGGCCUUGUGUUCGUGUUUGGAUAUUGUCGGUGGCGCUGAUGCUGCUGACGCAGUGUUCAUAGGCAUCGGGGGGCUGCUUGCGUUCAACUCAACCAUCGGAAGAGCUGCCAAGCCGGCUUUGGAGCUCGCUGUGAAGGAUGUCAACGAUGCCAAGAUCUUUGAGAAGUCGCAGUUGGUGCUCCAUUUGGGCAACACUAAUUGCAGCGCUUUCCAAGGAGCGGCAGCUGCGAUGAACUUGCUAAAGCAGGAGGUGGUGGCCAUUGUGGGGCCUCAGACAUCGGUUGUGUCGCACUUCGUCUCGCACAUGGGCACCGCCACCCAAGUGCCACUGGUGUCGUUCUCUGCGACUGACCCCUCGCUCUCUGAGGACCAAUAUCCCUAUUUCGUGCGUAUGACGCACAGUGAUAAUGUGCAGAUGGCUGCCAUCGCAGGGAUCAUUCAGUACUACGGGUGGAGAGAAGUGACCGCGCUGUACACAGAUGACGAUUUUGGCAACAAUGGCAUCGACGCACUAGGGGAUGCAUUGAAAGCGAUAGGAUCUAGUAUUGUGUUCAAAGCUGGUCUAGACCCCAAGAUUACCAGCGACGGCAUCGGUAGAGUACUUACCAAGUUGUCGCAGAUGGAGUCGCGGGUGUUGGUGGUACACAUGGAGCCCAACAUUGGCAAAGAGCUGUUCGUCAUGGCGCAGUGGCUCCAGAUGAUGACCCAAGGAUACGUGUGGAUUGUCACCGAGGCCAUGACCAGCAUCAUGGACUAUCUGGACAAAGACUCAGAUUUUCGGCAGGCGCUGCAGGGAGUGGUGGGAACUCGGAGCUACAUUCCGUCAUCUCCUCAGCUGCAGGACUACAAAGACAGAUGGUUGGAAUACCACAGUAAGGACCGCUCUCUCGGCCCCGCGCAAAUGAACAAUGUGUACGCAUGGUACGCAUACGAUGCAGUCUGGAUGAUUGCGCAUGCCAUCAAAAACUUCAUGCAAAAGGGCGGAGCCACCACGUUUGUACAGCCUCCAGUGUAUCCUGUUGAUGCCGGAGGGCAAUCUGAGCUGGCCGACCUCAAGGUGUUUCAGGAUGGCAGGCUGUUCAUGAAUACCAUUCUGGAGUACCAGCAGGUCUCGGGCAUCACAGGUCCUUUGCACGUGGAUGAGAGAGGAGAUCUCAUCGGUUCCUCCUUCGAGAUCGUGAACAUGGGGGAUAACGGAUUGCGGAUGGUGGGAUUUUGGUCUAAUUCCACAGGAUGCUUGGCCUUCGCUCCGGAUCGUACUGUGAGGGCCACGCGUGGAGUCAACCAUGUGUUGGGUCAUUCCUCCAACUCAGGGAUUCAAACUGUCAUCUGGCCAGGUGGGGUGACGGAGGUGCCAAGAGGGUGGGUGGUACCCAAGAAUGGACGACCUCUGCUGAUUGGGGUGCCCAACAAGAUCGGGUACAAGGAAUUCGUGAGCUCUGCAGUGGAUUCCGCAAAUCGGACUUCAUUUCACGGGUUCUGUAUUGAUGUAUUCCAACAAGCGCUGGCAUAUUUGCCCUACUCUAUCUCCUACAGCUUCAUGAAAUAUGGAAAUGGCAGUUCCACCCCCAGCUACGAUGCCCUCGUGAACAAGGUUGUUGAGAAGGAUUUUGAUGCCGUGGUUGGGGAUGUGACCAUUACCACGAAGCGAUCCACGACAGUGGACUUCACGCAACCAUACACAACAUCGGGGCUGGCAGUGGUGGUACCAAUCCGACAGGGUGAAGGCAACCAUGCGUGGGCAUUCAUGCGCCCUUUCACACCGCUUAUGUGGGUCACCACCGGCACUUUCUUCUUCUUCACAGGCUUGGUGUUGUGGUUUCUGGAGCACAAGAAGAAUCGAGAUUUCCGCGGCCGCCCCAAGAAGCAGAUCGUCACAACCCUAUGGUUCAUAUUUUCAACCCUCUUUUUCUCUCAAAGGGAGAGAGUGAAUAGCACUCUAGGUAGGGCAGUGCUGAUCAUAUGGCUGUUUGUGGUGCUUAUCAUCAUCAGCUCCUACACAGCGUCUCUGACCUCCCUGCUCACUGUACAGCAGCUCCUGCCCACCAUUCAGGGCAUUUCCAGUCUCCUUACCAGCAAUGUCCCUAUCGGCUACCAAACGGGAUCCUUCGUGCGCGAUUAUCUGCUCCAGCUCAAUGUUGCCGAAGAGCGCCUCGUGCCUCUCGACACUCUCGCAGCGUACUCGGCUGCCUUGACUAAGGGCCCCAACCGCGGAGGGGUCGGGGCCAUUGUGGACGAACUCCCCUACGUGCAACUGUUUCUGUCGUCUGAGUGUGCCUUCACUAUCGCGGGCCAAGAGUUCACUAAAAGUGGCUGGGGCUUUGCGUUUCCGAAGGGCUCCCAGUUAGCGAUUGAUUUUUCAACCGCCAUUCUGAAGCUGGCAGAGAAUGGAGAGUUGCAACGCAUUCAUGACUUAUGGCUGGUCUCGGAGAGUUGUACUAAGCGCAAUUUGGCGCAUGAUUCUACAGAGCUGGGGCUGAACACGUUCUGGGGCCUAUUCCUUAUCACUGGUUGUGCGUCAGUGUUUUGUUGUCUCGUGUACUGGACGCGCAUGAUCAUUCGGCACCGCAAGGCGAUCCGGGAGCGCGGCGCGAGGGAUGGGCAGGUCAAAAUGUCACGUCUGCAAGCCAGCAAGAGCUUUCUGAAGUCCUUACUGACUUUCAUCGAGGAGGAGGAAGUGUCCACAACUGGAAGACGGUCCAUGCGUCGCAAGAAAACCAGAGAGUGGGACGAGUCAUCUCCCAACCAGGGCAGCUCUUCCUCCAUCGCACCUACUCUAUCCAGUCAAAGAAUAUCCAAGGCGUUGGAAUCCAUCACUGCCUACGCUACAGAGGAAUUCUGUACUCCCCAAGUCACUAACCAGGCAUGCGAAUGUGUACCAACACCAUCCACCACGACGAUCACUUCGGUCACUACUUCUGAAGCCGGAACCAAUACACGUCCUGCUCAAGCUGACACGUCUAUUAUGACUGAGGGAGCUUCAACAGAUGAGGAGCGACCAGGAAGUGCUGGCCCUACCUCUACUCCCGAUCUUGAAAUUCAGGACUUCAAAUUUAAUGGUAUCUCUAGGACUUCUUAUCUGGGGUUGCAGUCCCCUUCAUCAUAAAAGUUUCAAGUUAGAGUUCGAAACAUGAUCAUGUGUACUCUGCAGAGAAUGGACCACAAAAUCAAACAAGUCAGAGCUGCUCGCUUUAGAUGUUCAGGUGUAGUGACGUAGUAAUACAAUAACACCAACGAAUAUGUUAGGUUUCCGAAUGUGCCAAGAUAGAUGUCAGAAUUGUUUCUGAAAAAAGUGCGUUGACAAUGCGUCAUGAACAGAAGUUACAAUUAGUGGGCAGGACAAAAUGCUUGAUGCUUCGUACAUUCCUAGAUAUUAGAAUUUGAUCCCAUUACUUCUCCUUACUGUUAGGGGUUGGUAAAGACUAUUCUUGGAUAACUACUAACUUCAGCACUACCAAAACUACCAGUACCAGUAACAUUGAAAUCUUUUUUCACUGUCGUUGCAACCAUUUGCAAUGCACAGUGAAUCAAAUACGGAAACGACUAUCGUCUCAAAUACAAACUAAGAGGAAAUAACCCUCUUGGGUACACAUCUCA